AUGCUUACCAAGGGAGAUUUUGAAAACGUUGUGGAUCCUGGACUUAAUAGAAACUAUGAGCCUACUUCUGUCUGGAAGGCUAUUGACAUAGCAAUGUCAUGCGUAAAUCCUUCUUCAGAGAAAAGACCAAGCAUGUCUCAAGUUACUAAUGAACUAAAGCAGUGCCUAACAUUAGAAAACUCAAGGCAAGGGGUGAGACCCCAAAUGAGUUCAAACAGUUCUGUUGAACUGAGCCUGAGCGUGAACUUCACCUCAGAAGUUACCCCUAGCGCACGGUAA